AUGUCAGUGUCACUGCGCGGCUGCAGAGCCAGGGACCAGGGACCAGAAAAGUCGUUCUGGCUCGAGUUCCAGGUCUGCAGCGACGGCCACUACGACGGCGGCCGGGACCGGCGGCCUGCUGCCGCGGCCGCCUCCCCAGCCACAUUCACAUGCUUCGGCCACCUGCCCGUCGAGCUGCGGCUCAAGAUCUGGGAGCAAGUCUUGCAGCCGCGCGUUGUCAUCGCGGCCUGCCUGGACGAGGAAAACGCCGCCGACAAGCGCGCACAGCUGGCCCGCCGCCCCAGCCUGCCCGCCGCGCCCGUCUUGCUGCGCGUCUGCCACGAGGCGCGUGCCGUCGCCCUCCGCCGCUACGAGCGGGCCUUCGCCUGGCGCGUCCCGGCCAUGCUGGCGCGCCCCCGGUCCGCUCCGGCGCGCGUGUGGUUCGACUUCUCGCGCGACACGCUGCUGCUGCUGGGCGAGCUGGAGCCCUACGACAGCAGCAACAUCAACGCGCCCAUGGUCUACUUCCUCGACCGCGCCGACGCCCGCCGCGUCAGGCACGUCGCCUGUGCCUUUGAGGAGUUGCGAUUCGGUGAGAUUGAGAGCGAGCAGAUCUUUGGCUGUCUGUUCCACGUGCUCGACUCCUUCACCGGCGCCCGGCGGCUACUGAUCACCAGCACCGACGAGGACCUUCAGAGGCACACCAUGAUUGGCUGCCUGCCAAGUUCCACCGACAAUGUCGUGCAGAAGAUCUGGUGGGCGUGGAUCAACGGCACCAGCAUUGUGACCAGCAGGAUGAGGGAUAGGCAGAUUCUAAUGGUGAGGGAGGACUCCCUCGCCGACUUUGUUGCCGAGCAUGUGUAA